AUGGGGGAAAGGUUCCUUUUGGGCGAUAAUGCCAAGGAACUUUUCCCUCGCUCCGAUAAUCAAAGCAAGAGGAGGACGCCAACAACCAUCGCCAAGAUCCUCGAGAAUUCAUCUAAGUGCAUUACGAGUUGGGGUGUUAGGUUCCUCUCGGUCGAUUAUGCUGUAAACCGUCUGUCUCAAUUCGAUAGCGGAACUACCAUGGCUGCUCAAGAGUACGAAGAGGAUGGAGAAAAAGGGCUGUUCAGCAAUCCCGCAAAGAACCCCGACUCACAUGUCGGCCCCUACGUCUUCAUUCUCGCCCAAACAUUGCUCGGCGUGUCCCGAGGAGGAAACCAAGGUUGUUCAUCACAACAAGCUCAAGCCCUUCUGGCAUUCUUCUUGGCUACAGCCAAGAAUCCUCAAGUCAUGAUUCUUAAAGUCGACGAUGCCAGAGCAUCUGGAAGCAACUUGGUUGUUCAUCACAAUAAGCUCAAGCCCUCGUGGCAUUCUUCUUGGCUACGGCCAAGAGCCAAAGUCAUCUCCAUAGUAAUCCGAGAGAUUGAGAUCGGCUUCGAAAGAUAUGUUUCUAUCCACUUCGCAGCGGACAACAUCAAUUCGUUCGAAGCCGACCUGAAUCUCUCGGAUUACUACGGAGUGCAACUAAUCGAGCCACGAACGACAAAGAAAGUUACUGUAGGCAAUUUCGAGGAUCCAGUUGUCAAGCAAUCUUUGAUGGCUCGACCAAGCCCGUCUUUGCUUACAGCUUCUUGA